UGUCAAGAAAACAGUGUUACUCCUCGCCACUUCUUGCUAACCUCAGCUUUUUUCUCCCGACAAGUCUACUACAGUCAGCCUGAAUACCUGUAAUUAAUCUGAUAAAUUCCUGAAAAUUUUAAGCUGCGAUGUAUUAGUGCGUUAUUGUAUACAUUUACUAUCUUCCGGAUGAACAGAGAUGUAAUAUACCUGUAAAUAAUUUAUUGCUGAAAAAUUCAGACACUUGCAUUGUUUUGACAACGAGGCGAUAAUGCAGACACCAGUGUUUAAUGUUGCUGGCACUGACUAACACUUGUCUCACCAGGACGAUGGCUCGUCUGGAGGCCUGCCUGGUGACGGUAGUGGUGACGCUGGUAAACCUCUGCUACACUCUACCAAGUGACAACCAAACGUCGUCGGUGGGGUAUCAGAGCGGGUUCCUGUACGUGACCCCGGAACGACGCCUCAAGAUGCCGCCAGCAAGCGUCCUCAUCCUCACCCCGACGCUCAGUCUUCCCAUGGACAGGAACCUCGGCCUCGGCUUUGGCGCCUCCAUGACCACCUCCUUUCCCUUCAGAAUCGACUUUGACACCCUGGGCAUGACCUCCGAGGACAACACCUGGGGCAUUAAUAGGAAGAAGCGCGAGGUCCCGACCCCUGGUGACCUGGCUGGAGGCGACAGGGAGGUGAUGUACAGGGUGGUAGAGAAGAGCAUGGAGGCUCUGGGUGUGGACGGGAAGGCGUGCCUCCUGCGAGCCAUCUGCGAGCUCUCACAGUCCCCCCUCACCAACCACGGCUUCUUUGGUGAGGUCCUCCAGCUCUUCCUCAGUCCCAGCAGGUCCACGUCCCCAACGCGCCAUCGCCUGCAGGAGUACACGGAAGCUGAGCACCAGGGCAAGUCUGAGGAUCGCUGCCUACAUUACUUUCAGGCAUGUCCUUACUCCUUCUUCAGCUCUGUUCCCGAACCAUCUGCCUCCAGCCACACCAUGAACAACGGGACCAGCCCUUGAGGUCCCCCCUGCGCCUCCAGCCACACCAUGAACAACGGGACCAGCCCUUGAGGUCCCCCCUGCGCCUCCAGCCACACCAUGAACAACGGGACCAGCCCUUGAGGUCCCCCCUGCGCCUCCAGCCACACCACAAACAACG